UCAGUUAUACACUGCCGUAUACGUUCAUAGAACUUACGUUACGAUUCAUACCGCGUUAUUAAUCGAUAUUAAUUUUUAAAGCGAUUUCUGCGGAAAGAAUCCGCGUUCGAACGUGCUUUUCCAUUAAUGAAAAAUUUAUUCGAAAUAUACGAGUGCUAAAAAUAACUGUGGAACGAUGGUUGCGAAAACUUCCGGGCCCCAAUUAGAGCAACGAAUUCAGUGUAUAAAAUUUACGAUUUUUUGCUUGAAUGCCAUCAUAUGGUUACUUGGAAGCUCGAUGUUUGGAUUAUGCAUGUGGCUAAGGAUGGAUCCAGGUUUUCAGGAAUGGGUUGAAUUCCUCGAAAUAUACGAAUUUUACAUCGGCAUUUACAUCUUACUUGCGGCUUCGAUAUUUAUCAUAAUUAUCACGUUCAUCGGCUGCGGAGUCGCUCUUAUGGAACAUAUUCUCGGUCUCUAUGUUUACGUGGGACUGCAAUUAUUUUCCUACGUUCUUGGUCUCGUUGGCACAGCACUCCUCCUCGAUUAUUCCACCUACGACAGUAAGAUUCAGCCUCUUAUAAGACGAUCCAUGACUUCCCUCAUCAAUAACUACCACGACGAAAGGGCAACGUACAUUUUACAAUUAAUUCAAGAAAGCAUCGGUUGCUGUGGUGCCGAUGGUCCAAUGGAUUAUAUAACCUUGAGGAAACCAUUACCCACUGAAUGUAGGAACACGGUUACUGGCAAUGCUUUCUUCUACGGAUGCGUCGAAGAAAUUUCAUGGUUUCUGGAGGGAAGAUCCGGCUGGCUGGCUGGCUUAUCAUUGGCUCUAUGUAUGCUCCAUAUAAUAAUAGCUGCUCUGAGUCUAACGUUGAUCCGAGCUAUUAAGAAGGAAGAACAAUAUGUCACAUUCAAACGUUAAUUUAUAUUAAUUUUCAUGCCAAACUGUUCAUCGCAUAUCCUCCUGCGUUCCAUAAUAAUGUACAUAUAAUUAAUUACUAGACUGCGGAUGUUUGUGCAUUUAUAGAAAAUUGAAAGCAACACUUUGCAAAAUGUUCGUGAUACGAAAAGAUGUAUACAAUUUUAUUAAAAAUAAAAUACACAUUGCAAUGAUUAAUAUUUAAUAUUAAUAUAAUCUGUUGAAACUUCAUACAUUAUUUUGACAAAAAUAUAAAUGCAAAACAUCAAAUGUAUCGUGCACGUAUGCAUUAACAUUUGCAGACUAUUAAAGUGGCAUUACAAUAUUUACAUCGUAAAUUGAUAUUUCAUAUGUAAUAUUCUUUUUAACAAACAUUCAACAACAGUUUCUUUAAAUCUUUACGUAGAGCAAAUAUUUUUAAAUGAAACGGAGUAUUCUCAGCGUAUAUCGAAUGUAUUCUUCGUCGAAAAAGAAUUUUUGUACUGCUGUGUUCACAUCACAGGGUUUAGAAAAUUGAGUACACAUGCUCGUUUUAAAUUUAGAAUUCAAUUUCGUUACGUAUUUCCAUAUGUUUCAUAUUUUUAGAUUGUUCGUGCUUACUUUAGAAUAUUGAACGAAUGGUACUAAACUUAUGAUUUAUUCUUCUUAUCAAUUAUGUUACGUCGAUGCUCUACUUAUUAUUUUUUAUACUUAAUUUCACACAACAUUUCAAUGUUGUUUUAUACACAUAUUCUAUAAUUACAUAUUUUGUCAAAGACUAUGACAUUUUACGAGCUAUUUAGUUCUUCUUGUUUUACAUCCAUCGCAAACAUAUGGCAAGCGAUGUAAGUAAGAAUGGAAUAAUGACAAUUUCAUUUCUCUACCAUUAUUUCCGACUAAAUCAAACUAAAUGAAAAAUAUAAUUUAUUCUGAUUUAAUCGACAUAUUUUAUAUAUUAAUAUCCAAUUUUUUAAUUAUGUAUAAUAAAAUAAAAUAGUUAAAUAUAAAAA